CUAGCCCAAUUUUCGCGUAAUAGGAAAAAGCUGUGUUCUUUUCAGUUGCCUCCGAUUGACCUAUAGAAAACCCAGCAGCGACCGCCGGUAGCCGGAUCUGCACCUUCCCUGCUUAAAGUUCAUCCUUUGCCAGGAAAAAUGGGGGGACUGCCCACACAAAAUAGUUCUGCCUUAGCUUUGCCUGGCUUGCAGCAAAACCAGGAACCAGAAAAAGCAAAACUGGCUGCAGAAUCGAAGCCGAAGAAGAAAAUUUGCUGUGCUUGCCCCGAGACGAAGAAGCUGAGAGAUGAAUGCAUCGUCGAGCACGGUGAAGAAGCUUGUGCAAAAUGGAUAGAGGCUCAUCGUUUAUGCCUCCGUGCAGAGGGCUUCAAUAUUUGAGAUCGACACGAAGUUUAUAGAAUGAAAACAUUUACAAAACCAUUUAGAAAUAUAUGAGCUGAAAAAUCUAGGAAAUAAUGAAGAAAAAAUGCAUUUUCUUGGCUAUUGGUGUUGGAUCCAUUUCUAUCUUGUGAGGCUGUUUGGCCUUGUGGAAUCUUUCGAAACUGACACAAUACUAUCGUUUGCCACUUAUACUGGUUAAUAUUUUGAU